UAUUUUGGUAUUUUUGUGAUUCACGCCUACGGUCACACUAGUUGCAUGUUAUGAAAACAGCGGCCCGCUGCACGCGCAAAAAUGUUCCGCAAAACCUUCAAUAACCUGCCACACUUUAGACAGCUGUGUGCGCUACCGGCGCGACUACAGAACACACAAGCUGCCCAGGUGCCAGCGCCCGCCGAGCCGGAGGAUAUUGAUGUCAUAGAGCAGCGCCUCCUGAAGCAUCCGGAUUACUUUCAGGUGCACAAUUUAUUCACUGUGCGUGAUUUGUUCAAUGCGCGCGUGCACUAUGGCCACAAGGAGGGCUCCCUCGACGAUCGCAUGCGACCGUAUUUGUACGGCAGCCGGCUGGGUCACCUGAUCUUCGAUCUGGACAAGACGGCCGCCCAUUUGCGGGAUGCCCUCAAUGUUGUGGCCCACAUCGCCUUUCGGGAUGGCAUCAUUUUGUUUUUCAAUCGGAAUGCGUUGAACGCGCAUCUCGUCGAGCAGAAGGCCAUGGAGGCCGGCGAGUUCUCGCACACGCGGUUCUGGCGUGGCGGCAUCUUUACCAAUGCCAAUGUCCAGUUUCAUGCUGUCACCCGGCUGCCGGAUCUGUGCAUUUUCCUCAACACACAGAACAAUGUGCUCGCCCAGCACACAGCUGUCCGGGAUGCGGCCAAAAUGGCCAUACCCACAGUUGGCAUUGUCGACACCAAUUGCAAUCCCAAUCUGAUCACAUAUCCGGUGCCGGGCAACGAUGACUCACCCGCCGCCGUGGAGCUCUACUGCAAUCUGUUCAAGGAGGCCAUCUGGCGCGGCAAGCGCAAGCGACGCGAGCUCCUGGGCCUGCCGCCCCUCGACGAAGCUCAGCUCAAAACCAGUCGCAGUCGCGCGCCUAAAGCCAACCAAAGCUAAGCUUAAUAUAUAGUUAUAUAUAUGUU